CAUAUAUGCACAUCCAUUUUAAAAUAAAGAAACAUAAAAAACAUAAACUUUGGCCAUGGCCACGACAACAUCCCCUCCCUUGAAAGAUGAAUUGGACAUCGUGAUCCCGACCAUAAGGAACCUUGACUUCUUGGAGAUGUGGAGGCCCUUCUUUCAGCCCUACCACCUCAUCAUCGUCCAAGACGGCGACCCUUCAAGGACAAUAAUGGUCCCUCCCGGUUUCGACUACGAGCUCUACAACCGCAAUGACAUUAACAAGAUUUUGGGCCCGAGGGCCUCUUGCAUCUCCUUUAAGGACUCCGCUUGCCGUUGCUUCGGCUACAUGGUCUCUAAGAAGAAGUACAUCUACACCAUUGAUGAUGACUGCUUCGUUGCGAAAGACCCUUCGGGGCAAGACAUCAAUGCUCUAGAACAGCACAUCAAGAACCUUCUCUGCCCAUCAACUCCCUAUUUCUUCAACACUCUCUAUGAUCCUUUCAGAGAGGGCACAGAUUUUGUCCGUGGUUACCCUUUCAGCCUCCGCGAAGGCGUUCCCACUGCGGUUUCACACGGCCUCUGGCUGAAUAUUCCUGAUUAUGAUGCACCAACUCAGUUGGUCAAACCUCUUGAGAGAAACACUAGGUAUGCUGAUGUUGUCUUAACAAUCCCAAAAGGCACAUUGUUCCCGAUGUGUGGGAUGAAUCUAGCAUUCGAUCGCGAUCUCAUUGGCCCGGCCAUGUACUUUGGGCUCAUGGGUGAUGGCCAACCUAUUGGUCGCUACGAUGAUAUGUGGGCUGGUUGGUGUUGUAAGGUGAUAUGUGAUCAUUUGGGAUUGGGAAUCAAGACUGGGCUUCCAUACAUAUACCACAGCAAAGCAAGCAACCCCUUUGUGAACCUGAAGAAAGAGUACAAAGGGAUAUUCUGGCAAGAAGAGAUCAUCCCCUUCUUCCAGAAUGCCACACUCUCCAAAGAUGCCACAACUGUCCAGAAAUGCUAUGUUGAACUGUCCAAGCAGGUGAAGGAGAAGCUCGGUAAGCUAGACGAAUACUUCGUGAAGCUUGCUGAUGCCAUGGUCACCUGGAUUGAAGCUUGGGAUCAGCUCAAUCCUGCAGAUGAAGCCUCUGCCAAAUGAACAUUUUUAUAGCUUGUUUUGUUCUCUAUUCUGGUUUUUCAUUGAAAAUUUGAUUCAUCAGAGAUGCAUUUUCUAACUCUGCCAUGGAUCUGUUUUCCAUUACUUAUAAGAUGUAGUUCAUAUUGUACCCACAUUUUCUCUAUUUCCUAUUUAGGCUCCCUUUGUUUCGAUUAAAAUAAUUUGAUAUGGAAAAUGUUUAGGAGGAA